AUGGCGCCUGCCCGCAAAAGAAAAACCCGCUUCUCGACAAAUACAUCCCUCGAUUUCCUCAAUAAUGUGUCCACCAUAGCACCGACUACAAGGAGACACACCGCGCGACACGACAGCGUCUAUGAUAUCCCCACCUCGCCCGAACCACGAAAGACUUCCCGCAAAAGCGAACCCCAAGUAUUAAGGAGGCCUCGUACCCGUCAGAACAAAAGUACGCCGACUCCCGAACCUGCCAAGCCCCCCGAGUCCACUCGCGAGCCGGAGAGCGUUGAAGUAGCGGGCGCAGAUCAGCCGUCAUCCGACGCGGACGACUAUCAUGAUGCUGAGGUGAAGUUUUUUUCGAGUGACGAGGAGGAAGAAGAACGAAAUAGCCGUGCAGAUGAUCCUCGAACCGAAGGAGCCGAGAUUCUAUUCGAACGUUGGGAAGGCAAUGGCGAUGAGGGUCAGGAAGACGAAGAUGAAACCGAAAUGGACGCAGAAGACGUCGCAAAUGAUACAUCCACUCUGCCGAGACAAGACAGCGCAGAACACAGCGGGCAUGCCGAUCAGAUCGAAGAGGGUCCGAACGACGAUUCAUCGGUCCACUCUCAGGGUUCUCAUCAACUCGUGCCAUCACGAAGGAACAUUGAGAUCGUGAUCGAUAAUAGUCCAUCGGCCCGGAGCUAUCUAUCUCAUGGGUAUGCUGAGACUAUUCAUGAUGAGACCAUUCACGAUGUCAAUGAUCAAGAGUUUGAAUCCCAAACGCAACCAGCCGAGCAAAUAGCAGCCAAGCGGAAGAAAGAAAUCGAUCCCAACGUACAACUUAUUCGUGAUCUCCGCCAUUGGUUUGUCCGGGAAGUCAAGAAAACCAGUGCGGGUCCUGGAUGGAACACGCUCAAUGAAAGAGGACGAGGCUUGAAAGGAUAUGCCAUAUCGCCACGACCGAAAUAUCUCGAAUCUCUUUACCAGUUGUUUGCUGAGUAUCGAAAUCUUUACAAGGAAGCUAUAGAGCGUGGCGGGCUCACCGAACUUCUCCGGAAACAGCUCGAGAAUAUUAAAGAAUCCAUUGUGACCGAGGUCAGGCAACUCUUCGAGCAUGCAUCAGAGGUACUGCAAGAAUCCAUUGUGCUGGAUCAGUUUGAAGCGCAUUUUAUACCGAAGAUGGUCAUCUUGACUCAACUCGGUUUCCGGAUAUACCGAAUAACAGACGGGCAGGCCCAUGACCAACUGCAUCAGACAUUAGAUCUGCUGUCGGUAUGCAUAGGUCUUAUCAAACGAUACAUGGGACUUCUCACGCCACGUUACCGAUCUGGGACCCUUGCCCAACCACUUCAACGUGUUAUGAAAGCUCUGGAAAAUGGACAGUUGAGGGCCCACUGGCCUGCUUCGGCCAACGACCAGCACGAUUGGGCCGAUAUCCCACCUGUGACUCAUCGCUGGACGGUGAAUGAGGAAAGAGUAUUGAGACAUGGGAUGGUUCGAUAUGUUGAUGACGGUCAGUAUCUCCCUAAUUCUUCUGUGAUGGCCCAUGAAACCAUUCUCAUUCGAGUUUAG